CAGUUUCUACUUUGAAGUAAUAAGGCGUUUAUUAUCUCUUAUUCAAUAAAUUGUUCAAUCAACGUCAAGUGCUUUCCAUUUUGUACAAGUGUACAAAAUAAAUAUUUCGAAUCCAUCGAUAUUCACCAAACUGUUACGAAAAGGAAUUCAUAUUUCUUGUAAAACCAAAUGGCUGAUCCUGGUGAAGUUUUAAAUAUCCCCGCGCUGCAAAGUUGCACAUCCUUGCCAAAACUCCAAGGAUCCAAGGAAGUCGUCGUCGCGUUCUUGAAAUACCCCCAAUUUUGUGUGGACCAGAUGAAAGAGCUGAACUUGUGCGCGCACGAUCACAGCUUUGUACCCCCAUGGUAAAGGGUCAUCGAGCACGAAAAGUAUUUUUGGGAAAAAAAUAUUAACCGCUCGGCUCUUUCGAAGGCUGAUAUUUCAGCUGCAUAAUAUGGCACCAUAGAAUUGUUUCUUUUUGGGGAGUAGUUUUUCCCUUCAUUGGGAAACAUAAAAGACAGAGACUUUUUUAGUGGGUCAAUUUUAUUAAUUCAUAGUUUCUAAGUUUAUUAUCGAAAUGCCUGUGUUAACUUUGCAGCGUUCCUACAAGUACAUCAUGUACGCAACCAAACAGCCAUCUCUUAGGAUAAAGCAAGCCGAUUUGAAGUGUAAAAGUGGAUGUGGGUUUUAUGGAAAUGCAGAUUGGGAUGGAUACUGUUCAAAAUGUUACCGAAACCACAUGGACCAUGUGCGACAAAGAAAAUCUCUUCAGAAUCAAACACCAGAGAAUUCAAAAACCCAAAUGUCUGGAUUUACGAAAUUCGAAGAAAAGAAGAGGCAGCAAACUGAUAAGAAAAAUAAAUACCUAAAGAGUUUACCAGUUUUCAGAAAAUCAUCUAAUGUUAAAGAUUCUGGUCGUCCUGAGAGAUACGCUGACAUCAUGCGUCAAUCCACCCCCGACACUGACAAACUCUUAGUAGAAUUCAUCUCGACGUACGGCGAAUGGGGUGAGCUCGUUAGGAAGGACUUACUGAAGUGUGCUCAAUCAAUAGUGACAGAGAUAUUUUGUGGGUUGGACACGAAACCAAUCGAAGAUUUGGCCGAGAUUGCACAGAAUUAUUAUAACAAGUACGACAACCGUUUGCUCACAAAUCCGGUCUACCAGGUUGUCCCUAGUGAUGUUAAAGAUCAGCUGUUGGAUUUCUUUGAAAAAUACAGUAUGAUGAGUCUCUACAGAUUCCUUUUUUGUCCUCCUUUCACAAAUGAUGAGGAUAAAGAUCUCGCAAUCCAAGGACGAAUUCGAAAACUGAGUUGGGUCAACGCGCAUCACCUCGACUGUUGCAUUAGUGAAACAUCCAUUGAAGUCAGAGAUCUAGUUUAUUCUGCUAUUAAUGAUCUUUUGGGCAUGGACUCAAUGAAAACACCACAAGAAAAACUCACUUGUGUUGUAAAAUGCUGCCAAAGUGUUGUCAAAGUCCUCCAGCAUUGCCAAGGAGGUCCUGUGAGCGCUGAUGAAUUCUUACCUGCGUUGAUUUUCGUUGUCUUGAAAGCAAAUCCGGCCAGACUAAAGAGCAACAUUUUGUACGUGACGAGAUUUUGUAAUGAUACGAGGCUGAUGCAAGGAGAAGCUGGCUAUUAUUUUACAAAUUUGUGCUGUGCAGUAUCCUUCAUCGAGAACCUAACUGCAGAAUCCCUGAAUAUGCCUGCCCAAGAGUUUGAGGCAUACAUGUCCGGUGAACUGACUUGCGUCAGUGCUUGGGAAUCGGCUUUGGUGGCUUGCGAAGGGAUGCACCAACUUUGUGAGCAUCUUGCACUCCUCAAAGGGCUUUCAGAAAGGACAGAUACUGUCAAAGAUGACACACAAAAGCUGAUGGAAGAUAUGCAAAAGUUGAAGGAGGAAAUAACCGAAAAAGUAACCUCAGUCCUGGAGCGUACUCCACUCAUCAUAAAACCAAGAAAAACUUUGAUCCAACUAACAAAAGAGAACGUAUCUUUAACAUCUGCUGUACUCAUACCACUGUCUGCAAACGAAAAUAUCCCAACGGAUCACAAUAAUGAGCUGGAAGAUCAAAACCCCACACAAAACUACUACUUGCAAAACCUCUCGAUGGCGCAAAUCAACCUCUUGGAUAGCACAAAAAAUAAACUGCAGUUGGAAUUGACACCUUGCAUAACAAUAGCUGACAGUAGUAGUGCGGUACUACCUUCUCAGUCGACGGAAUUCUUGUCCUCGAUGGACAGAAGUAUCGAUAGCAUAACACCAGAUGACAGUAGCUAUGCGGGAUUGUCGAAAAUCAACUACGACAUCGAUUUCUCCGACCUGAGUGCUGAGAAUAGCAUGGCCGAUGAACUGACCCCAGAAAAGCGGAAAUCACCAACGCCUAGUUUUUCAACACCUGAUCCUUUCAGCCCACUUGGAAGUUCCUGUUUAUUGAUGCAGAGUCCGCUGGUACCGUCUGCUGCGUUUCCACAACCGGAAGCUAAACCUUUGAAGAAAGACGAUUUUGUUCUGCCUUUCUUGGAGGAUAUGCCCGUUCCGGAAGAGAGGUUGCUAGAUAACAUCGAGGAAACAACUGCCAUAAGUUUACCUCCGCCCAUGAAGCCCACUGCUGCGGAGUAUACGGGUUUUUCUAAGCAAGGGUCGAAAAUUCCUAGUAUUCCGUGUAGUACAGGAGAGUCCGGAUUCAUGUCAUUACCUCUUGACUUACCUUCAUCAUCCAAAGAUUCUAUUAAUUGAAAAGUUUUAUAUUGUUACUAGUUGAGUAGUUUCGGCUAGAAACUAGAAAUAAAUGUUGAACAAU